CGGCCGAGGCUUCCGGAACUUCCCCAGCCAGACUGGGCAGAGUCUCUGCCGAGCCGGUGAGGAGUUCGCGUCUUUCCUAGUUAUGGCCGCCGCCGUCGCCAUGGAGACAGAUGAUGCUGGAAAUCGACUUCGGUUUCAGUUAGAGUUGGAAUUUGUGCAGUGUUUAGCCAACCCAAAUUACCUUAAUUUUCUUGCCCAAAGAGGUUACUUCAAAGACAAAGCUUUUGUUAAUUAUCUUAAGUACUUGCUGUACUGGAAAGAACCAGAAUAUGCCAAGUAUCUAAAGUACCCUCAGUGUUUACACAUGCUCGAACUGCUUCAGUACGAACACUUCCGGAAGGAGCUCGUGAACGCGCAGUGUGCGAAAUUUAUCGACGAGCAGCAGAUCCUGCACUGGCAGCACUAUUCCCGGAAGCGGAUGCGCCUUCAGCAAGCCUUGGCAGAGCAGCAACAGCAGAAUAAUACGUCAGGAAAAUGAGGAGCUGGAAGUGGACCAGGCUCAGAGGACAUGUAUAUAAUAGUCAGAGAGAGAGAGAGAGAGAGAAAGGUCUUCCUUCCGUUGGUUCACUCCCCAAAUGGCUGCUACGGUCGGUGCUGUGCCGAUCCAAAGCCAGGAGCCAGGAGCUUCUCCUGGUCUCCCACGCGGGUGCAGGGCCCAAGCACUUGGGCCAUCCUCUGCUGCCCUCCCGGGCCACAGCAGAGAGCUGGACUGGAAGAGGAGCAACCAGGACAGAACCAG